AUGUCGGGUGCAAAGUCGGCCAGCACGUCUGGUGUCAAGAGGAAGAGGGACCCAAGCAGGCCAGAGCGCGGCGAAUCCAAAUCGAAGAGCCGGCGCAAAUCCCCCAGCGACGACGGCGAAGACAUCCAGUCGGAAAUUGUACAGCUCGAAGCACAAAUCCUCGAAUCGCGAAAACACUACAACAACAUUGCAACUCUUUUGCAGCGAGCGAGACAGCCAGACGCCGAGAAUGAGGGACCAAUCCUCGCCGCCGUGGCCCUCUGCCGAGUCUUUUCACGACUACUCGUGACAGGCGACAUGGUGAAGAGCAAGGGUAUGAGCGAGGCAGAGGGUGUCAUUGUGUCGUGGUUGAAGGAGCGCUACCGAGAACUCUCCGACAUACUCAUCGACGACUUCCUCGGCAGCGAACAUCCACCUCGGCAGUCUGUGGCCCUGACACUGGUUCUGCGACUGGUCAAGGAGGAGGCGAAGUCACAAAAAGACUACAAGAUUAAGAACGGGCCGCUGCCGAGACUGAUCAGGGUGCUGCUAUGUCUCCCGCUAGACGAUCUGAACCGCGAGGAAUUUGCGGAGAAGUACCUGAAGCAGUUCGACGAUAUCCGAUACCAGACCUUCCAGACCAUCAAGGAUGUACUUGACAGUGAGCUCGACAUUACGACGCGCCAACUCGUAGCUGCGAACAGCCUGUCCCUCCUAUUCACACUUACCGAAGUCCCCAAAUCCAAGACCGACAUACAAAAUUUCUACGUACAGGUGCAAGGGAAGAGCCCGAUACCGUCCCUCCAAGCAUACAAGGAAAAGGCACAGGCAGCGUGGUUAGCCACGAUGCGCACAGGUCUCUCCAAGGAGCAGCGCAAGUCUAUCCUGCACAACUUUUCUCACCAGAUUGCGCCGUGGUUCCAGCAGCCUGAAAUCUUAUCGGAUUUCUUGACCGACUCCUACAACGUGGGCGGGGCAACCUCUCUUCUGGCUCUGUCCGGAAUCUACUACUUAAUUUCAGAGAAGAACCUCGACUACCCGUCAUUCUACCUCAAGCUGUACUCCCUCCUCGACGAAGGCCUCCUCCAUUCCAAACACCGAUCGCGUUUUUUCCGCCUACUAGACACCUUCAUGUCUUCGUCCCAUUUACCCGCCAACCUCGUCGCCAGUUUCAUCAAGCGUCUCUCGCGAUUAGCCCUCCACGGCCCACCCGCUGGUGUUGUCGUCGUAAUACCCUGGGUCUACAACAUGUUCAAGAGACAUCCAGCUUGCACUUUCAUGAUGCACCGCGAGAUCCGGGACCCGGCUCUGCAAAAGGAGCUGGAAGAGGAAGGCAUGGACGACCCGUUCGACAUGGAGGAGCUGGACCCUCUCCUCACAAAUGCUAUUGACAGCAGUGUCUGGGAGCUAGAGGCACUGCAAUCGCAUUACCACCCCAACGUUGCGACGCUGGCAAAGAUCAUCUCGGAGCAAUUCACGAAGCGAGCGUACAACCUGGAAGACUUCUUGGACCACUCCUACACGGCGCUGCUCGAUGUCGAACUCGACCGCGAUCUGAAGAAGGAGCCAGAAGUCGAAUUUGAGAUACCCAAGCGCAUCUUCACUGCGGAUGAGGGGUUCAAUAUAUUUGGACAGUUGUUGACGCAGGUUGUGGAGGCAAGGUAG